AGUUACUGUUUUGCAGGUUCUUCACCUGUUCCUCGAAGAAUAACUCCAACUUUAAAAGCACAUGCCUUUGCUACUUUGGGAAAAAUUUUACUUCAAGAUGAAAAACUUGCAAAAGAAAUACUUCCUAUGAUUGCAAACGAACUUAUAAUUUCAAGAGAAGGCAUGAUAAGGAAUAACAUAGUGAUGAUUUUGAUUGAAAUGUGCAAACGUUAUACAUGUUAUGCUGAUCAGUACAUUCAGAUACUCAGUUUAUGUUUUAAAGAUAAACUUUAUUUGGUUCGUUGUCAAACAAUAGCUCUUCUUGUAAAUCUUUUCCAAGAAGACUAUAUCAAAUGGAAAGGAUCUCUGUUCGUCUGCAUAUUAUCUGCAAUUAUAGAUAAAUACAAGACUAUUCAAGAGCUUGGAAGAUACUGUUUAUGUCAACUUCUGCAGUCAAAAAAGAAAUCGAUAUUUUCUGAACAUUUUGUAGAAAGCAUUUUUGUGCUCAAUAACUAUGCUCCACCAGAUAAUGAGGCACUGGCACAGACAGUGACAACUUUAAAGCAGUUUGCUUUAAAAGGAGAUAAAAAUAGUGAAACUAGACUUUUGCUUUAUAAAUUUAUGUUAGAUAAUAUGUUUGUUGCGGGGCGGGCACUUUUGGUUAAUCAACUAUGUGAAGAAAUAUUAAGUUCUGUAGCUGAAGCUGUUUACCCAUUAAUCGAUACAACAGAAUCGAUGGUUAAGGAUUGUUUUAUGAUCUUAAAUUCAAAAGAGAUUCGUUUCGAUGAAAAUACAAUUGAAGAGAUAAAAGCUAUUACUGAAGAUGCAGAUGAACCAGAUGAAGAGGGUGCAGCCAAAACAGAAUUGCAAACUAGAAGAGUGAUCAUCAUAGAUCCUAUUAUUCCUGUAAUAAUUUCACUUAAAAACUGUGUUAUGCAUGCUAAAUCUGAAUUGAUUUCUGAUUUAAUAUUAUUUUUGAGAGAUCUUUUGCGAGAUUACAAAACAGAAAUAUCUAGUAUACUUGCUGCAGAUAAAAUGCUGGAAAGACAGGUUCAGAUUGAGUUAAAAAAUGAAAUGAUGCAUAUGGAAAAAGAAUCUAAAGAUACAAAAAAAGAUGCUGAAAAGGAUAUGGAUCAGAUUCCUGGGCCACCACGAGCUGAUCAGUUUUCAAAAAUGGUAAAGGAGAGAACUAGUUAUAUAAUGAACAGUGUCUUAGAGGAUAGUAGGCCUGAGGUUAAUGGUGAACAGCUAGAUGGGUCUGUGCGUCUCAUUCCAAGAAUUCCUGUUCGUAAAAGUAGUUCAAGACAUAGUGACACAAAUAAAACAAAUGUUCAGAGUAGUAUGCCUUCAUGCUCGAGUCAGCGUGAAAUUCCAGAAAUGUCAGAUAAUGAAAUACAAGAAAUGAUGAUGUCUAGCACACCUCGUGUUGUUUUAACAGCUCUAAAGAUUCCUGAAGAUAUUGAUCUUAGUAAGUUGUCUCUUAUUGAUACAAUAGGUAAAGAGGAAAUGGAUGUGGAUAGUGAUAGUUCAAAUUAAGUAUAGAAUCAAGUUCAAGCAUUUUAAAAUUUUAGUUACUCUUAAGUAACAAAAGUUUCCUCAGCUGCCAAUGGAGAAUUACUUUUAACCUUUCCAUGUAAUUUUUAAAUAUUCAUUGUAAAAUUUAUACAUGUGUAUUAAAAAAAUCAUUCUUAUGACAAAAGAUUGUAUUUAAGUAACAUGAAUUCUAAAUGACCAAAAUAAUCACAUAAAAUUUUCUUGGUGCAUAUGUAAUAUUACCCGAUAUUAUCAACAUAACAGAGAAAGAAUCUUGUUUUGCAAUUAUUUUUAAAUGAGCAAAUCUGUAGGUAUGAGGCAGUUAGCAAUCAGGUAGGCGAUAUAUGAUAUCUUCUCUUUAGUAAUUUGCAAUUUUUUGUUUGAAUACUGUACAUAAGUGUUUGAGAAACAGAACUACCACAUGAAUUUAAAAUUAGGUAAAAAAGCAGUUUUUUAAUUCUUGACUUUUUUAAAAUUUUAUUUUAAACUUCUGAAGAAAAGGAACUUGUAUCUGAUCACCUAUGGCAUCAAUAAAGUUUUAACAAAA